GAUGACCGUCGCCCAGAACCACCCACCUCUCAACUCCGGAGUCACCCGCGACGUCCAUGACGAGCUUGUCAGGCUACGUGCGGAGAAGCGACGCCAGGCCGGCGGCGCCAGCCCCGUACGCUUUCACAACGACCUCUUGGUCGGUGACGAUUGGACGUGCAUGUUCCUCAAGCGCAUCUCGCAAGGCGUGACCAUGCACCAAUUCGACGUCCCCCCGGCGACCGCCCUUGAUCUCGGCUGCGGGAGCGGGCUGUGGUGCAUCGAGGCUGCGAAACAAUGGCCGGACACCAAAAUAGUCGGGUUCGACGUCCGCACCAUCCAGCCGGACCUCGGUCAGAUCAGCCUCGGGAUCGAGUACAGAGAUCUCGCCCGGCGCGUGCAAUGGGUCCAUGGCGACUUUUUGGAGCCGCUACCGUUCGAGUCUAAUCACUUUGAUCUCGUCCGGAUAUGCUGCGUUGGUUUGUGGGUUCCUGAAGAUUCAUGGCAGGAGUUGUUGGAGGAAUGCAGUCGGGUCCUAGCCCCUGGUGGUAUCUUGGAGAUCAUCGAGGAGGACCUCCUCUUCCCUGCAGGACGGACACGCAGACAGGAUGCGGACUCAUCAAGCCGGUUGCGUGCCUCGAGCACGGGCGGGCAUCUUUCUGGGGAACGGCUACGCAGCGAUUCCAUAGCAAGCAGACAGACCACGCUCACGAUGCAAACUUCGCCAACCGUGCACACGCUGGCGUCCUCCGCCUCCAGCUCCAGCCUCCUCCUCACGACCGAACGCACGUCCAACAGCACCAGCCUCGACACCCUCGCCUCCUCGUUCUCCUCCCGCCUCCGCUCCCUGUCAGGCUCUGGGUCCGGGUCCGGGUCCGCCCUCCUCGCCCCAGACGCGGCGUUCCGGCAGGACCACGCGCGGCUCAGGAACGCCUGGGAGGAGAUGCUCGACGAGCGGUUCCUCUCGCACAAGCUCCUCAACGUCCUCCAGUUCUACCUCUCCUCCGCGUUCUCGAGCGUCCACGCGCACCCAACAAUGUACGUCCUCCUCCCCCCGCCGUCGCACGCCCGCGACGACCGGGAGCGCGCCACGGCCGAGCACGAGCACGAGCCCGAACACGGCUGGGAGGGCGACGACCUGACGAUGUGGCUCGACGAGAUGCGCGCGUAUAUGGUGAAGCUGAACGGAGACCCGGAGUAUCGUAAGACCGCCAACGGCAACGCGUCGAGGGCGUGGCCGAAGUCUGCGACGGUGGCGAGCUACAAUACGCUCCAUCUCAGUAGGCAGGUCGGGCUGAUCGGAGCGUGCAAGGAGGCGCUAUGGGAGGCGUAUCGGACGCUGGAGGUGGGAGGCGGGGACUGGGGCCCGGGGAAUGACCCGCCUAGAGACGAUUUGCGGGAAGAGUUCGAGCGCGAUUGGGAGUGCUGGGAGGAAGACAUGAAGGACCGGAUGGGCGUCCGCGAGCAGCUGCAGAGCUCGCUCGAGUGGAGGGUUCCGGAUCCGGACCGGCUCAGCAUCAGCACGCGUCCUGGGUCGUACUUGUCGGGACAGUUGCAGACGAGAAGUAAAAAGAGCUGCGACGGCACGGCGAAGUCGGACGGCGAGCCCGCCCACGCGUCGAUAUGUCGCGCAUUGCGCGGGUUCGUGGCCCGGAAGGUAUGAGGCGGACUGAGGAGGCAGACUCAGACUUGGGAUAAUGACAGGACCUUGCUCGGAAUCUACUCGCACUCGCAUCAUGUAUUGAAUAUUCAUAAACACACGCCUUCUAUCUUGCUAUGCACCAUGCUCAUUGUUUU